CGUCCACUCGCAUCCACGACAUUAAUUCCUGCAACAUACCACUGAGCUCAACCAUCAGCACGAUAUCGCUGGACAUCUUCGGACUCAGGAAACCUGAAAUUCAUCAUGAAUCCCAUCUACAUGUGAAUGUGAAGAUGGGUUCUGGCUUCGACGUCAAGGAGGCGAACGCGCAAGCUCUUGCGUACGUCCGCAAGGAGUCCCUGGACAUCUUCAAUCGCCUUCAUUCCGUGCAGGAGGACGUUCGUUUCGUGGGGCAGGUACAUGACGCGUAUCCUGAACUUCCUAUCCUACCAAACCUUCGUUGUGGCGCGUGGUAUGUUGAUCCAGCAAUCGCCACACCGGAACCAGCGUACUACAAGUCCACAGACGGACACUUUGGCAAUUGGAACUUUAACCUGAGACGGCCGAACCUCCACCUCCUUCCCUACAUCAUCGCAAAGCAUGGGCUAGUGCUCGUAGACUCCACACGAGCAGGAAAACGUAUUCCAGACGCGCUAUCUAAGACGGUCCCGAUCUGGUGCGCGGUGCUCAACCGCGCGAUGCUCAUCGCGCACUCGAAAACAAAGGACUGGGACGUCGAGCUCUACUGUCCCCCUGGCGCAGUGAGCGAGCAAGAGCGGUCUCAGAUCGUGCCACUUUUGGAUGGCUGGGCUCAGACACUUGUCACUUCUGCGUAUGCCUUGCCCGACAUCCCCCUUCCCUUGCGACCAUUGUGGAUUACUCCCGCUACGUCGGUCUUCCCUCGACUUCCUGCCCUUGGAAACGCCGAGUACCUGCCGAUCAUCUGCGUAUCUGCCUCCAAACAAGUGCACGAGGGCAUCGAGCGCCGCUUGAACGGAUUCUCGUAUGUGCAGGGGUCUGGCGAUGACCACGAGCUAUGGGGUACGGGCCUGACUCCCGAGCUCUUCUGGAAGCAUAAAGACGCGCUCCUCAGCACCUCGCGAGAGGAGCUCCGGGAAGUCGUCCAGGAAAUUGUCGAGCGACCCAAGACUCGUAAACACCGCGAGGCAUGGAAAACAUCUCCUACCCCCGUCAGGGUGACGAACGGACGGCUGUACGUCGGCAACGCUUCCGAUAUGCCCUCGGACGUUCCCAACACCCUGGCUGAUGUGGAUGGUCCUGUAUCCUUCAUCGUCGUUUCCGCGACGGCUCACGUUCCCCAGACCGACACGCCUGAAGCAGAACGCGUGGAUAGGAACCAAACGCUGCCGGACCAACACGUCCUCCGAUUCAAGCUCACAGAAGGGAAGAAGGACCAGCUUGCGUUCCUCCAGAACGUCCUCCCCGCGUCGACUCGUUUCAUCGAGAAGCGUCUCCAGCGAGGGGAUACCGUGUGUGUAUGCUGCGACUCUGGCAAAGACGCGAGCGUUGGCAUCGCCCUCGCCGCGCUGCAGCUGUUCUUUGACGAUCAAGGGCAGCUACUCGAACACGGGGCUGCAGCCUCAGCAGCGAGCAAGGAGUCGAUCCGGACACGAUUGCAAUGGAUCAUCUCUAGCAGGCCGGAGGCGAACCCGUCGCGUGUUACGCUGAAGCGGGUGAACGAAUUCUUGCUCUCGUCUCCGUCUUACCGGCGCAGAUGAAUCAUGUCUCCCUCACUUACAAAUGUGCAAUGCCAAAAAACACGGCCACAAUGUAUUUAUACAACAUCCUCCUUCCUUCAUACACUACUCCUUCCUGGGCACGAGCUGCACGCCCGACACUGUACUAUACAUAAUCAACCUGAACGCCGCCUGCACCCCCGCCUUGUACGUCGACGGCACGACGACGUACUUUCCAGCCUGCAAUGUCAGCUUCUCGAUGAUCACUCCCGAGAUGGCGUCGGAGUAGGGCCCAGACGUCGCAACGUGCCGUCCUAGCGCUCCCGUCCCCGUGGGCAGGUUGAAGACGGUGAGGUUGAGCGCUAUGGAGGGCGACAGCUCGGUUAGCUGCAGGCGGAAUCUGAGCUGGGCCGGGGCAGAGACUUGGAGCUCGUAAGUCGGAUUCGAGGAGUACGAGCCCGAGCUUGGUCCGCCGCCCGCUGUUUCCACUGUCCUGUAGUGUUACAAUCACAAUCAGGUCUAGGCUCGGGCGCAAGGGAGUGUCAAAGGCGGCACAAGCAAGGCGUGCGUACCAUUCACCGCGGACCACUUUGCUGAACAUCCCUGCGCCCUCUUGGGGAAUGGGCGUGAGGUCGAAGCGGUCUGAGCACUCGACCCUCAGGUCAAACUUGCCGAUGUGGUGCGGCUCCAAGGCUGAGACUACGAGAGUGUAGUCUCCCGGUGGUAUGCGUCCGGACGCAUUGGCAUAGCCGUAUGUGUAAGGACCGGAGGAAAGAGCGAGAUCGUUAUGACCUAAUUCGCUGAUCCUGGCGCCUUGAGACCAAGCGAGCAUGAUGUUCACGGGGAUCUGUCGGUCCGUGCUCACAGAGACUGAUAUUGCCGACUUUGCGUCUCUGCUCGCGCGCGAUGCUCCAUCAACGCGCGGGUGUACGCGUAAGUGAUACUGAGGGUUGAGGUAGUAGGAAGAAUGGGUGUGGUUCCCGCCGGCGGUCUUUUGCGUAAAGGCUGCUUCGACGUCUUGAGAGUAGAUGAGCUUGUUCGGUGUGGUAGCCCAGGAAGCGUUGCGGUGUGAGUACACUGUAAGCGUGAAGCCGACGUCUUCCCGAUCGCCUUCGUAAGAUGCAACAAGCGCCCAGAUGUUCUCCUCUUCGGACACUCUCGCUUUGACCUGGUGUACGGUGAACUGGCUCUUGGAACAUUAGCAUGCAUGGUCACUCACAAGGACGUGGGUCGCGUUUGUGUACUCUCCCUUGGUAGACAGAACAUUACUUCCGUUACUUGCCCCUGUGCCCGUCCCGCCGUGCGCAGUCAGCGCAAUGAACUCUUCCUGCGCUCGAUGUCUUCGCGUAUGUCGGGUGAGUAGUAUCCAUACUUCUUCGUCUUCCUUCAGGGUGCUGCUGACAUCCAACUGCAGCUGAACACGGGAAUGUGUCGACGAAUCGCUGCCUUUGCCGGUUCUUUUCCACAUUCCGUGGAAUGUCAGCUUAUGCUCGAAUAUCGCGGGGUUCCAGCUAAAGUAUAUGCCAUUGAAGAGGCGGUGGACUGUAUCCAUCGAGAUGUCGAUGGAACGUUUCUGCUUCGAGCUUGGAAUCUCCGCCGCCGCAGGAUCUUCAGUUGAUUGGACCCAUGGAUCAAAGAUCGUCAGCUCGCGAUCUUGUUCAGAGUCGUGCACCCCAAUAACGGCGUAACAAUGAGUGGGAAGCAAGGUGACCGAGAAGUUCAUCUCCUUCACCCGCUCCCCUGUUCCGAGAGUCACCACGCAGUCACCUGGAAUGUAGCUGGUAGUAUAGACAGGUGUGUGAAUGGAACAAGGAACGCACCAUUAGCAUAGCCUUUGAUCAACCGACGCCAAGUCUUUUCUCUCUGAAAGUCAUCCCUUUUCAUAUCAAUGAUAUCAGGGAUCCAUCCUGCGAGGGCAUGAAGAUCGGUACUGGAGUCAGAUCCGAUGAAAUCAUAGCCUCCGGCGAGCUUCAUAUAUGCCUUCUCAACAAGCGAGGGCCAAAGUUCCCCUUUCCCACCCGUAGAAACGCACAUCAGAGUGCCGUCUGGGUAGGUGGGCAGCUGGUCGUCAAUGCUUAUGCGUCGAUGUGCCCCAUUGUAAAGAACACGGAGCUGGUAUUGUCCCGACUCAGAACGUGUCGGAAAUCCCCUCUCAUCUUGCGGGAAGAGAGAGGACACAAUUAUCUUCGAUAGAAACCGCCGAUGAUGGUCGAUAGCGACAGCCAUCGCUCCGCACACGGAGCAAUCCGAGACGAUAUGCUGUACAAUGUCUUCUGGCUUUAGUUCUUGAAAAGAACCUUCCCGACCACCUCGUUGAGCAAGAGGAUGGCUCCGCCAAGUCGCACCACGUGUAAUCUGCUCAGUGGAUAAGGCCGGCAGUGUUGGGGAUGAUGGACGAUCGUCUGCGGAGCUCCAUAAGGGAAAAAAGCCCUGGUUCACCAGAGAAGACUUCUGAAGAACAUAUAGCUGUUCGCCCUCGGAGAAUUCGUCUUUGACCACGGGCUUGACAUCGUGUCGGAGAGCCUUGAUCUUCUCAGCGCGUUCCAACGCUUUCGCGGCCUCUCCUUUGUGGAGCGCUCGUGUCCUGUCGUUGACUGCUUGUCGGCUGAGCUGGAGAUAUUUCUCGGCAGCUUGGAUAUACAGUGAGAAAGCCUUGUCAUAGUCUUUAGAGAGCUCGGCGUUUGCAG